AUGCCGCGGGCUUGUGCUGCCUGGGGCCCGCUCCUGCUGCAGCAGCAGCAGCAGCAGCACGUGCUCCAGCAUCAGCAGCAUCAGCACAGCAUUGCACUGCAGCACGAAUUCGAGCGACACCAAGACAUUGACUUCGGGGGCAAGCUGGCCAAGACAGAUCUGAAGGUUCAGCAGCAGCAGCAACUCCAGCAGCACCUGCAGCUGCAGCAGCAGCAGCACCUGCAGCUGCAGCAGCAACAUCUGCAUCUGCAGCUGCAGCAGCAGAAUCAAGAACCGCAGCAGCAGAAGCAGCAGCGGCAGUAUGUAUUUAGCAGCGAUUCGUUCGUCAGCAGCAGCAGCAACAAUUGCACGGGCUGCUGCGGUGCUGCCACCUCUAGUAUACGGGAGCAGCAACACCAAGGGCAGGACUCUUCUCUACAGCAUUCCCUCGCAGCAGCAGCAGCUGCUGCUGCAGCAGCAGCUGUGGCAGCAGCAGGCUUGCCCGCAUUGAGCUGCUGCAGCAGGGCGAGCGACGCCUGCAGCGAGUUCAGCAGCAGCAGCCGCAGCAGCCGCAGCAGCAGCAGCAGCAUCAUCAGCUGCCGCACAGUCGAGCACCUUCCCUGGGUGGGAGUUACUACGAUUAAAGCAUACGCGAGCUACCGCAUGCAGCAGGAGCAGCAACAGCAGCAGCAAGAAGUGAAGCAGCAGGAGCAGCAGCAGCAGCAAACACUGCACGAGCAGCAGCGGCCGCAACUGCUGCAGCAGGAAGAGUCAUGCGGCGAACAGCUGCUGCCUGGUGGGACAGGAGUAGUAGCAGCUGCAGCACAAGUCCCAUUGGCAGCAGAUGGGACAGCAGCAGCUGCUGCUGCUGCUGGUGAAGCAGCACCAGAAGCAGUAGUAGCAGGAGCAGCAGCAGCCGGAGCAGCAGCAGAAGCUGCAACAGAUGAUACAACGGAAGCAGCAGACGCAACACUACCUGCUGUAGCAUCUUUUUCAAAAGGUGGUGCACCAAGUGGCUGGGCUGCUGCUGCCACUGCUACUGUUGCUGCUGCUGCUGCUACUACUACGGCUCUUGCUGCUGCUGCUGCUGAGGAAUCGCCGGUGACUGCCUUUCCUGUAGCAGCAGGGGACCUUGCAGCCACAGCAGCAGCAGCAGCAACAGCAACUGCAAAAGUAACAGUAGCAACGGCAGCAGCAGCAACUGCGGCGGAGACAGCAGCAGCAGCAGCAGCGGGAGCAGCAGCAGCAGCUCCUGGCCUCUCGUUAGUAAGCCGCGUUCUUCAUACGCGCAUUAUCUGUGAGGAUACCUGCAGCAGCAGCAGCAGCGGCAGCAGGUACGCGAGCAGCUGCAGCAGCAGCAGCAGAUAUGCAAGCAGCUGCAGCAGCAGCAGCAGUCUUCGCAAGGCCAUGACUUUCCGAAUGCAUGCCAGUAUCUCGGAAAUGGAACAGCAGCAGCUGCAGCAGCAACAACAGCAGCAGCUGCUGCUGCAGCAAAAGGAACGCAAGCAGCAACAGCAACAGCAACAGAAGCCUCUGGGUCCGCCUGCAGCAACAGGUGGCAGCGUGGAGUGUAUCGACGGCAACACCUGCAAAGCAGCAGCGCAGCAGCAGCUGAAGCAGUCCUGCAAUACUGCAGCAGCAGCAGCUGCUGCUGCUGCUGCUGUUGCUGAUACUGCAUACGCAAGAGACUCAGUUGGCAGCUGUUCAACCGCUGCAACGGGAGACGUGCUGCUGGAGGCAGCAGCAGCAACAGCAGCAGCAAAUGAGGUGGUAGCAAGAAGGGCAACAGCAGCAGAUGCUGCUGCAAGAGACUCCCCGUGUAGUACAAAUCCCUUGGGUCUCAGCAGCAGCAGCAACAGCAGCAGUGGCAGCAACGGCAGCCAGCUAGAUGACACUGCUGCUGUUGUUGCUGCUGGUGCUGCUGCUGUCCCUCCUGCUGCUGCUGCUACAAACUCUCCGCUCCCACGUUUUAUUCGGCUGCGACGGGUAGCCCCAGUCGCUCAGCAGCAGAAGCAACAGCAGCAGCAGCAGCAAGCAGCUGCAGCUGCAGCAGCAGAUGUCGGAACUGCAGCGGCAGCAGCAGAGUUUCCCGUAGUUAGAGAAGCAGCAAGCUGGUUGCCGCGCAAGUCUCCUGCUGCUGUGGCUUCUGCUGCUCCUGCUUCUGCGGGAGCAGCAGCCGCAGCAGCAGAGACAGCAGGUGCUGCAGCAGCAGCUGCUGCAGAGAUAAGCAGCAGCAGCUGCGAAGCAAAGGCCCUGUCUCUUUUGGAGGAGCCCCUCAGGCCCCCCCAGCGCGCGGCCUGCCCAGCAGCAGCAGCAGCAGCAGCAGAAGCAGCAGCAGCAGCAGCUCCAGCAGCAGCAGCACCAGCAGCAGCAGCAGCAACAGAAGCAGCAGCGGCUCCAGCAGCUGCAACAGCUUCAGCAGCAGCAACAGUGGAAAUCCCAGGAGAUCCGUCUCUUUUCUUUAGUUUUGCAGAUCCGACUCGUGCUGCAGCAGCAGCAGCUGAUGAGGGAGCAGCAGCAG